AUGGAAGCUCAUACUCUCUAUCAUGCUGCCUCUCUGGCAUUAUAUGUCGAGAUCCUAGACUUGCAGAUUGUAGCAGGAGCAACGCAAAUCCUAGGACGAACUUUCAUGCAUGCUGCAAAAGAGGAAUUUGAAGCUCUCAAGAAGAAAGGCACAUUUGACUUUGUUUUAAAACCUCAAAAUAAGCAGAUUCUAACACCGACAUGGGUGUUUAAAUAUAAAUUUGAUAAAUAUGGCAAGCUUACGAAGUUCAAAGCACGUAUUUGCGUACGUGGUGAUCUACAACAACCGAACGAUCUUGAAAAACGAGCAGCUACCCUUGCAGCACAAAAUUUCAGAAUGAUGAUGGCUAUUGCAGCUAUCUUUAAUCUUAAGAUUAUCUAA